AGCAGAGUGACACGGCUCCCUGACAGAACUAGUGGCAAUUUCAAGAAACUUGUGGAGUAUUCUCUUACAGCUGACUGAGCUUUCUCAUCCAUCUGAACUGUUUCAGAGAAUUAAAGGAGUCAAAAUGCAAUUGCUCUUCCAGUUGUGUCUCUCCUGCUGUCUGCUGGCGACAGUAGCACACUGUGUGGAACUUCAAGUGAAUCCGGAGUUGAAAAAAAGACUAAGCAUGUGGCUCGGGAGCAGAUUGGGACGGGAUCUUGACAGUGUAUCAGUAGAGAAGACAGCAGAAUCUGAGUACUUUGUCAGACCAGAAGAUAUCAGGGAUUCCAGGCUGCCACUUUCCAGCGCUGACAUCCACGUCCGAACCAAGCGGUCUAAGCACGGCUGCUCCCUUGGCACCUGCAUAGUGCACGACCUCGCGCAUAGCCUGCACCAGCUCAGCAACAAGCGGAAGAUUGGCAGUGCCCCGGCUGACAAAAUGAGCGCACAGGGAUACGGCCGGAGGCGUCGAUCCCUCCCAGCGCGCAGAGUCACACUGAGGCUGGAGCAGGGCAGGCUGAGGCCCGUGUGGAGCGCGAGUGACUCACAAGUUCACAAGCUCGAGGCUCUCCUCAGACGGACAUGAGCGGAUCCUGGGAAGAGGAGUUGGGAACCGAAGUGAGGGAGUCAGUGUCCCCCUCUGUUCUAGAAAUUCUCGAAAUGCCUUAAACUUUUGCCAAGUAUAUCCCAGCACAUUUUUUUUCACGGCAUGAGAACUGAGUCAGAGCGCGACUGGCUGCACCCAGUCUCUCUCUCAAAGGGCUGAGUCCGUGCGGCGCAGCGCAGCGCCCAAAACAACUCCAGCUGGCGCAAAGACACUGGAUGGCACAGCGUGAGGUGAACUACAGGUGCUGCACUUCGCUUGGCAGAGGGAAACGAAGAGUGCUAAGACUUGGCAAAGUGGACACAUCCUCUGGCAUUAAGAGGGAACUCUCUUCUGUCAUUCUGGGACCAUACACAUUUCUUCCUCAAGGCCAGGACUUUGAUAAGUGCUAUCCUCUCAGGAUUAUACCACCGUGUUCCAAACUGCCAGUACUUGUCUGCACUUUUCCAUUUGGACUUAAUGUCAAAUGAAUCAUCAGGAAAACACAUCUUCAUCACAAUGCCAAACAGGAAGAUAGGUUAGAGAGCUCACAUUUGUGUUGUUGAGUUUAUAUAACGUUUUGGACACUGUAUAAGGGAAAUGUCUUUUGAUUUUGUGAGAUAUGUGCCAGUCCACGAUGGAUUGAAAUAUACUUGAAAUUGUUAUUUUUGUACAAAACAUGUGCAAUCUAUAUUUGUUUUUAUUGCAGGUAUAUGUAUACAUGAAUUCCUUUAUUUAAAUAGUGUAUAAAGGUUACAUUAAAGUACUUAUGCAGAUUAUUUUUGUACAGUAAGAAUUAUAUAUAUGGGCAUUGUAGCUAUUUGUCAUUGUUCCUUUGCAAACUGUGGUAAUAGGGUAUGUGUUAUAUAUAUAUAUGUAUAUAUAUAUAUACAUAUAUAUAUAAUAUAUUUGAAAAUGUGUUCUAUUUCAUUUGUGUCAAAGCAAUAACAUUGUUAUUCAAUAAACA